AUGCAGCGUCGCGACGACCCCGCCGGUCGCUUAUCGCGGGGACAGGGCCCCGGUGGCCGCGCGCCGCCGCCGCGCCGAGCGCCCCGUGGCGGAGGGGCCCGCGGGGCCGCCAGCGGAGCGCAGCCGCCGCCCGGUGGGGCCGCAGGCGCCGGUAAGAUGGAGCCCGAGAACAAAUAUCUGCCCGAGCUGAUGGCUGAGAAGGACAGCCUGGACCCGUCCUUCACGCACGCCAUGCAGCUGCUGACCGCAGAAAUUGAAAAAAUUCAGAAAGGAGAGACAACAAAGAAGGAUGAGGAGGAGAAUUACCUGGAUUUAUUUUCCCACAAGAAUAUGAAGCUGAAGGAACGAGUUCUGAUCCCUGUCAAGCAAUACCCCAAGUUCAACUUUGUUGGGAAGAUUUUGGGACCCCAAGGCAACACCAUUAAGAGACUUCAGGAAGAAACUGGUGCUAAAAUCUCUGUGCUGGGGAAAGGCUCCAUGAGGGACAAAGCCAAGGAGGAGGAGCUGCGCAAGGGCGGCGACCCCAAGUACGCGCACCUGCACAUGGACCUGCACGUGUUCAUCGAGGUGUUCGGGCCGCCCUGCGAGGCCUACGCCCUCAUGGCCCACGCCAUGGAGGAGGUCAAGAAGUUCCUGGUCCCUGACAUGAUGGAUGAUAUCUGCCAGGAGCAGUUCCUGGAGCUCUCCUAUCUCAACGGGGUCCCGGAGCCCAACCGCGGCCGAGGCGUCCCCGGGCGGGGCCGGGGGGCAGCGCCACCUCCCCCUCCCCCUGUGCCAAGGGGCCGUGGGGUCGGGCCCCCUCCUCCUCCUCCUCCCAGGGGUGCCCUGGUGCGGGGCGCCCCCGUGCGCGGGGCCCUGGCCCGGGGCGCCGCCAUGGCCCGGGGGGUGCCCCCGCCCCCGGCCGUGAGGGGAGCCCCUGCCCCCCGGGCACGCGCAGCUGGCAUCCAGAGGAUACCCCUGCCCCCGCCCCCCGUGCCAGAGAGCUACGAGGAAUACGGCUACGAUGACGCGUACGCAGAGCAGAGCUAUGAGGGCUACGAGGGCUACUACAGCCAGGGCCAAGGGGAUACAGAAUAUUAUGAUUAUGGACAUGGGGAGGCACAGGAAACCUAUGAAGCUUAUGGCCAGGACGACUGGAAUGGAACCCGGCCCUCCCUGAAGGCGCCCCCAGCCCGGCCAGUCAAGGGGGGCUACAGAGAGCACCCCUAUGGCCGCUACUGACCCCCAAAAUCGGGGCCAAAAACCCCAAGUUAGGAGCAAACUCUUGUUUCUGGUUCUUGUAUCUCCCAGGAUUCCCGUUGCUUUACCCGCAGCAGACAAGAAUUCGGGGCUGUGACUCAACAGGAGGAGGAGGAAGAGCAGGGCCGGCACCAGCUGGGUGAGUUUUGAAUUUUGGGGGAUUUUUUUACAGCCCCUUGUUGAGUUCCCAGCGUGGGGGUGGCGCCAUCUGAGCUGCUAAAUUCCAAUUUUUUUCCCUUGGAUCCACACCAAAAAAAUAAAAAGGGGGGAAGCUGCUUCCCUGAGGUCACAGCGUGGAGGAGGCUCCUGAGCUGAGUUUUUGGGGGAUUUUAAGGGAAUUUUUGGGAUGGGAUUUGUGCCUUGGGAUGCAGGAAUUUCAUGGAAUCACAGAGAAAUCUGGAAGGUUCUGUGCUUCCCAAACUUUGGAUUUUUUUUGGAAUUCUGCUCCCAAGUGCCAGGGAUUUUUUUCCUCUCCCUGUUUUCCCAUCCACAUCUUGUUAUUUUUGUAGGAUUUUGGGCAAGAUUCCAUUCCAAAGAGAAUCCCCCCAUUGUUCUUGGCUCUGUUCACAUCUCUGGAAGUGUUUCCCAAUAAAAUCCUGGUUUUGUCAGGCUGGGAACACCCCCCUGCUCCAUGGCUCAGCAUUCCCAGGCUGUUGUGGUGUUUGUGAGGUGAGAAAUUGGAAUUUGACUCCGUGUUUUCAGAAGGCUGAUUUAUUAUUUUAUGAUAUUCUAUUUUAAAAAUUAUAUAUUAAAACUA